GUAAGCUGCUCCAGUCUCCAUCCUACUUGUUCCUCUGGUGAGCUAGGUUAAAUUUACCAAAAAAAAAAUGUCUAAACUCCUAAAAAGUAUCGUCACUGUCAUUGAUCUUUUCUACCAAUAUGCCACCCGGGAUGGGGAGUGUGACAUGUUGAACAAGGCAGAACUGAAAGAACUUUUGGAAAAUGAGUUUCAUCAAAUUCUGAAGAAUCCAGAUGAUCCAGACACUGUAGAUAUCAUCAUGCAAAAUCUGGAUCAAGACCAUGACAAGAAAGUGGAUUUUAUUGAGUAUCUUCUGAUGAUAUUUAAACUGGCUCAGGCUUGUAAUAAAAUCAUCGGCAAAGAUUACUGCCAAGCUUCAGGGUCAAAGCAGAGAAACCACCAUCACCAGCACCAAGAGGAACAAAGUGAAACAGAAGAAGAGGACAAAAGGCAAGGUCAUUCAAGGUCAAGUAGAGAAGAGAAUAAUUCCUAUUCCAGGGGCUCCAGAAGAAGCACUAAACACAGGCCUGGGUCCAACUCCAGAAGAAUGGAGCAUCAAGGAGGCUUGUCUAGUUCAGAGCAUAGGCAAAGCUCUGGGGAAAGGAGAGAGUCAAGUUCAGGCCACUUCAAAGAUAGUAAGAAAAACAGGCAGGGCUCUCAUCAACAAGAGAGAUCUGAGAGUCCUUCUGGUCAGAGGCAACAUAGAUCCAAUUCAAGUGGUCAAUCAGGACUUAGUAGACAACAAAAACAGUCUUCAAGCUAUGAGGGAUAUGGGUCUGAAUCAGGCCAGUCCAUAAGCAAUGGCAAAAAUCGAUCAAGCUCCUAUGAGUCCUCUACUCAGAGAAACCAUAGCAGCAGCUCUAGUCAUCAGUCAGGAGGCUAUGGAAGACAAAAUCAUGGCUCUGUGUCAGGCCAGUCCUCUAAUUAUGGAAAAUAUGGACCUGGUUCUAAUCAGUCUUCUAGUCAGAAAUACCAUGAGUCCAGCUCAGGAUCCAGUCUAGGUGAAUCAUCAAGCUGUGGACAACAUGGAUUUGAAUCAGGUCAGUCCUCUGGCUAUGAACAACAUAGAUCUGGCUCAGGUCAAUCUUCAGGCUUUGGGUCACAUGGGUCUGGCUUAGGUCAAUCUUCUAGUUAUGGACAAAACAGUUCUACUUCAGGACAGUCAUCAAGCUGUGGACACUAUGGACCUGGCUCAAGUCAGUCUUUUAGCCAUAGCCAACAUGGGUCCAGCUCAAGAAACUCUUCUAGUUACAGACGACAUAGGUCUGGCUCAAGUCAAUCUUCUGGCCACAGCCGACAUGGGUCUGGCUCAAGAGAGUCCUCUAGGUAUGGACAACACAGAUCUGGCUCAAGUCGAUCUUCUAGCCCCAGCCGACAUGGAUUUGGAACAGGCUGGUCUUCUGGCUUUGGGCAACAUGGGUCAGAAUCAGGUCAGUCUUCUAGCCACAUCCAACAUAGGUCUGGCUCAGGCCAGUUUUCUGGCUAUGACCGACACAGAUCUGGCUCUGGUCAGUCUCCUGGAUAUGGUCAUCAUGGAUCUGGAUCAGGUCAAUCUUCUGGUUUUGGGCAACAUGGGUCUAGCUCAGGUCAGUCUUAUGGCUUUGGGCAACAUACGUCUAGCUCAGGAGAGUCUUCUGGUACUGAGCAUGGAUCUGGCUUAGGUCAAUCAUCAAGCUCUGGACAGCAUGAAUCUGGAUAUGGUCAAUCUUCUAGCUAUGGACAACAUGGUUCUGCUUCUGGAGAGUCAUCAAGCUGUGGACAACAUGCAUCUGGAUCAGGACAGUCCUCUAGAUAUGGUUAUUGUGAGUAUGGAUCUGGUCAGUCUCCUAGCUAUGGCCAUCAUGCGUCUGGAUCACGUCAGUCUUCUGGCUAUGGGCAACAUGGGUCUGGAUCCAGUCAGUCUUCUAGUUAUGGCCAACAUGGGUCUGGAUCAGGACAGUCAGGACAGUCUUCUGGCCAUGGCCAGUAUGGUUCUGGCUCAGGUCAAUCCUCUAGAUAUGGACAAUAUGGUUCUGCUUCAGGACAGACAGCAAGCUGUGGUCAACAUGCAUCUGGAUCAAGCCAGGCUUCUAGCCAUGGUGAACACAGAUCUGGCUCAGGUCAGUCCUCUAGAUAUGGUUAUCAUGAGUCUGGAUCAGGUCAGUCUUCUGGCUUUGGGCAACAUGGGUCUGGAUCCAGUCAGUCUUCUAGCUACAGUCAGCAUAGGUCUGGAUCAGGACAGUCUUCUGGCCAUGGUCAGUAUGGUUCUGGCUCAGGUCAGUCUUCUAGAUAUGGACAAUAUGGUUCUGCUUCUGGACAGUCAUCAAGCUGUGGUCAACAUGCAUCUGGAUCAGGCCAGUCUUCUGGCUAUGGACGACACAGAUCUGGCUCAGCUCAGUCCUCUCAGUAUGGUCAUCAUGAGUCUGGAUCAGGCCAGUCUUCCGGCUUUGGGCAACGUGAGUCUAGCUCAGGAAAGUCUUCUGGCAAUGAGCAUGGAUCUGGCUUAAGUCAGUCGUCAAGCUCUAGACAACAUGAAUCUGGAUAUAAUCAGUCCUCUAACUAUGGACAAUAUGGUUCUGCUUUCGGUCAGUCGUCAAGUGGUGGUCAACAUGGAUCUGGAUCAGGCCAGUCCUCUGGCUUUGGCCAACAUGGGUACAGAUCAGGUCAGUCUUGUGGCUCUGGGCAACAUGGGUCUGGAUCCAGUCAGUCUUCUAGUUAUAGCCAGCAUGGGUCUGGCUCAGGUCAGUCUUCUGGCUUUGGCCAACAUGGGUCUGCAUCAGGUCAGUCUUCUGGCUUUGGGCAACAUGGGUCUGGAUCAGGUCAGUCUUCUAGUUAUGGCCAACAUGGGUCUGGAUCAGGUCAGUCUUCUGGCUUUGGGCAACAUGAGUCUGGAUCCAGUCAGUCUUCUAGUUAUAGCCAGCAUGGGUCUGGCUCAGGUCAGUCUUCUGGCUUUGGCCAACAUGGGUCUGGAUCAGGUCAGUCUUCUGGCUUUGGGCAACAUGGGUCUGGAUCCAGUCAGUCUUCUAGUUAUGGCCAACAUGGGUCUGGAUCAGGUCAGUCUUCUAGUUAUGGCCAACAUGGGUCUGGAUCAGGUCAGUCUUCUGGCUUUGGGCAACAUGAGUCUGGAUCCAGUCAGUCUUCUAGUUAUGGCCAACAUGGGUCUGGCUCAGGUCAGUCUUCUGGCUUUGGCCAACAUGGGUCUGGACCAGGUCAGUCUUCUAGUUAUGGCCAACAUGGGUCUGGAUCAGGUCAAUCUUCUAGCUGUGGUCAGCACAGGUAUGGAUCAGGACAGUCUUCUGGCCAUGGUCAGUAUGGUUCUGGCUCAAGUCAAUCCUCUAGGUAUGGACAAUAUGGUUCUGCUUCAGGACAGACAGAAAGCUGUGGUCAACAUGCAUCUGGAUCAGGCCAGUCUUCUGCCUAUGGACGACACAGAUCUGGCUCAGCUCAGUCCUCUCAGUAUGGUCAUCAUGGGUCUGGAUCAGGCCAGUCUUCUGGCUUUGGGCAACAUGAGUCUAGCUCAGGAAAGUCUUCUGGCAAUGAGCAUGGAUCUGGCUUAGGUCAGUCAUCAAGCUCUGGACAACAUGAAUCUGGAUAUAAUCAGUCCUCUAACUAUGGACAACAUGGUUCUGCUUUUGGACAGUCAUCAAGCUGUGGUCAAAAUGCAUCUGGAUCAGGCCAGUAUUCUGGCAUUGGCCAACAUGGGUCUGGAUCAGGUCAGUCUUCUGGCUAUGGGCAACAUGGGUCUGGAUCCAGUCAGUCUUCUAGUUAUGGCCAACAUGGAUCUGGCUCAGGUCAGUCUUCUGGCUUUGGCCAACAUGGGUCUGGAUCAGGUCAGUCUUCUGGCUUUGGGCAACAUGGGUCUGGAUCAGGUCAAUCUUCUAGCUAUGGUCAGCAUAGGUCUGGAUCAGGACAGUCUUCUGGCCAUGGUCAGUAUGGUUCUGGCUCAAGUCAAUCCUCUAGGUAUGGACAACAUGGUUCUGCUUCAGGACAGACAGUAAGCUGUGGUCAGCAUGCAUCUGGAUCAGGCCAGUCUUCUAGCCAUGGCCAACACAGAUCUGGCUCAGGUCAGUCCUCUAGAUAUGGUUAUCAUGAGCUUGGAUCAGGUCAGUCUUCUGGCUUUGGGCAACAUGAGUCUGGAUCCAAUCAGUAUUCUAGCUAUGGCCAUCAUGGGUCUGGUUCAGGUCAGUCUUCUGGCUAUGACCAACACAGGUCUGGCUCAAGUAGAUCAUCUAGCCAUAGCCGACAUGGGUCUGGUCAGUGUUCUAGUUCUGAACAAUAUGGGUCUGGCCCAUGCCACUCAACUAGCUCUGAACAGUGUGGUUCUAGAUUUGGUCAGUGUUCUAGCUCUGAGCAAUAUGGGUAUGGUUCAUGUCACUCAUCUACUUCUGGAGAAUGUGGUUCUGGAUCUGGUCAGUGUUCUAGCUAUGAGCAACAUGAAAUACAAGGGAGAUGUAGAUCAAGUUCAAGUGGAAUUCAUAAUGAGUACAGUAGACCUGAAAUGGGCUUAAUCCCUAACCAAUCAAGAAGAAAUAGCCAGGAAUGGUCAGAGUGUGGCCAAAAAGAAAGAGGUAGGAGUUAUGGCCUAUCAGGUAGUGGGCCUGAUGGAUAUGAGAGUAUUCAUGGACAGUUAAGAACAUGCAGGCAACAAAGCCAAGGAUGGAGUCAAGGUCCAUGGGAAUCUAACUCUAUCCAUUCAAAUUCUAAUGAAGGACAAUUAAGAAGCAGUUACAGACAAGUAGAAAGCUCGUCAAGUUGUGGCUUUGGACAAUUUACACCCUCCUAUGGACAGUCUAGACCCAACACUACCAAUACAUUGCUAAUUUGCAAGGAGGGUAAUAGACAAGGUGACUAUUGUUAUAAGAGAGGAGGAGAUAAUUGUGCAGGGGGAAGUACCGGCCCAAGUUCCCACAGUUUCCCUAGCAGCACGCCACUCUAUGAAUAUAUCCAAGAGCAGAGGUGUCAAUUCUAGGUGAAUAAUAAAUAGAAGUGAAAUUAAUUCAGUAGCCAUUUAAGAAAUACGAAACUGUUACAGAUAAACAAUUCAUUAUAAAACGUCUUUUAAAAGUGGGUAUAUCGAACUUUACAUCAAAAACCAGGGAUGCACUAUAUGGUGACUAACAUAAUAUAAUAAAAAAAAUUUAAAAAAAUAAAAAAUAAAAGUGGGUAUAUAUAUUUCUUCUUCUAAACACUCUAUUCCUUGUUAUUAAGUUUCCCUCAGAAGAAUGUAGGGUAUGUGGGUGCUUUGUUAGGAAAUACUGAGUUGAACAAAUUAUGUGUGGCAGUAACUUUGAAAGAAUAAUUAAUACAAAGCAUAUGAGAAGCAUGGGGUUUAGUUGAGGUAUCUUUUUGAGAGCUCAUUACUCAUUAUACAAUGCCAAAGCCAAGCUUUCAUCUUAAGUCUAAAGAACAAAGUAUUAGAAAUGCAUUACCAGUUCUGGGGCCAAAGCCUCUCUUAUAUCAACGUGGACCAUAAUUUUGGUAUCCCCCACAUUGGACAGUGACAAAACGUAAAAUAUUCUAAAAGCAAAAUCCCAGCGUUGUUUGUUUCCUUACUUACCAAAACCACCAAGACCCUAUUCUUGGGUAAAUCUUUAAUCAGUAAGUUAACAAGUGGCACUCACCAGUGAGUGAGAGCAUUCUUUCUUGAAGAGCUGGGAUGGACCUUUCAGGAUUAAAGGAUCUAAAUGUGGACUCUAACUUGGUUUCAACAAGAAAGUUCUUGUCCCCUACUCCUAAGAAUUUGCCCCAGGUUUAAAAAGGAAGAGCAAUAGCAUGGAAAUAACAGUGUCUUCAACCUACUUUUGUAGUUCAUUGCUCUUUCCACAUAGGAAAACAUCAUUUGUGCCUACAUGGAAAGGAAGACUAUCUGCCACUGCUGUAUAGUUCCUUGGUUUGACUAUAAUAUAUUUGUUCCAAGUCUUGAAUCCAAAUAACUGGUUUGCAUUAAAAUUGAUAAUAAAUAAUGGUGAUCAAAUACUGA